GGAAGACCACGAGGCUGCUGUGUGUUUACUUCUGAUGCUCUCCUCGCCCAGGUGCAGGGAAAAAAAAAUCCAGGACUGGGUUUAGGCUGUCUUUAUCUGAGCGACCUGGAGGAUUGUGCUAGCUAGAGGUGCUGUAAGAGUAGGUGAUGGCAGGGCUAUCCUGUCAGGGGGCAGCUAGGGUCCUAUUACAUACCAUUUCUUUUACACGCCUUUCUUGUCUGCUUAUCAUGAAAAGGUCUGCCUUAUUAUCUCCUCGCUGCCCACUUAGAAGUGUUUUCUCAGGAGCUUCACAAGUGGCUGGAGUAUUUGCAUGUACAUGAUUAUUGACUCCUUCUAAGAACUACAAGAUGCAGGAUUUCAGUACAGGAGUUUUACUGACUCUUCACAAAGUACAUAAUACUUAUAGGCGUGUCCAUUAAUAUUAUUUGUUUGUUAUAAUUUCUAUUAACUUGGCCACUACUGAUGUCAAAUCUUUAGCUUACUAACUCUCUCUAGGCUUCUCCCCUCCUCCCUCUUUGGUAUAUUCCUUGCCAUCUUGCAAUUUCAGUAUUAAAAAGUAGUGUAAGGCAAGAGGCCACCUACUGCUAUUGACAGCUGUUUCCUCCUUGAGUUUUUUGGGAUUCCCUGGGACUAUCUUGUCCAGACCUGCUAAUUCCAUACCUUUUGCACAAUCACUUUUAUUUUCUACAGGUCCUUUUGUUUAGUUCCCCUCAAAAUAGGUACUUUUUGAGAAUGUCUCCAGUUCCUUCCACUGUCACAAAUAAUUGAUUAGCUUUGUUUCAAUGUCCUUUUUCUCUCUGACUGCUUAUUUUAUACUCUGCUCUUCAGUUGUCCUCAAAGCUUGUGAAAAGGUAUUAUCUAUUGGAAAGGUUUAUUACUAGUUGUGAUGGCUUUUGCUACUUGUUUUUCAGACUCUUUUUAACCUUUCUUUAUUGUGGUUUUACAUUUCAUUUGGUAAUGAUAAUUUAAAUUUUCUUCAUUUGAAUGCAGCUUGUUGAAGAAUGCAUACUGAUAAUCCCUUUGGGUUGACAUUUUAGCCAAGUCAGCUUCCUUUUGCCUUUUGCCAGCUCUUCUAAAGAGGUGCUAGGUAUUGGCUUUGGGCUGCUAAUGUCAUGUACCUGUGUAACCUCCAUGCCACCUUUGAUGACUGAAUUCCCUCAGCUGUCCCUUUCCAUUCUGACUGGCUUGUAAGAAGUGUCUCCCUUCCUUGCAGCUUCCAUCACAAAUAUGCUAAACUCCAAAAAGGGAUUUAUUUUGGAAUGUGUGGGGUUAUAACCUUAGGAUUCAAGUCCUUCUCUGCCAUUAUGAAUUUGAUUUUAACUCAACUGGUUCAGUUUAAUUUUCAAAAUAAGUAAUAAGGCAGGUGCAGUGGUGCUAUUUUCUGCUGUUAUGUGGACUUGCUUGCUAAAUUGGGUCAAACUAGCUGUGAGUCAAAAGGUAUGCAGAUACUCAAACUUCCUAGGAAGGAGCUGGGACUUGUAAGAUGUGUGGGAGGUACCUGGCAGUGCUGAGUGGCAAUGAGAUGGAAGAUGCCUGUGGGGAAACACGGGUAUUGUGGGAGAACAAGGGUAUAUUGGAUGGGAUGGGCAGAACACAGGUUUAGGGGGAAGGGAGGAACUGAAGAAUAGCAGUGGAAACACAAGGAAACAAAGUGUGACUUUUGGGGUAUUUUUAAGGAAGAUUUUCUUUUUUUUCUAUUCUCAGCCCAACAACUAACUGCUGGGCUCAAUUUUCCCCAUCUCCCACCCAUUUACAUGCCACCAGUGCAUAUGAAAUUCAAAGCACAAAUUCUGCCCUCGAGAAUAUCACCUCACUAUUACUGUACCAAAUUACCAACAGUGUAUCCUAUGGAAGUACGGCUCAGGGUUGAAUUUUGACAGCAAGCAACAACUCUCUUGGCUGAGAAGGAAGAAUUGAGCUAUGUCCUCAUGUUUGGGGGCAACCUAGUUUAUUCUAAUAAAAUCACAGCUAGAUCCUAAAUUUGCGUUUUGAAUUACCUCAGCUGUGUUUGGAGAAGUGUUUCAAUAGCCCAAAGCUGAUAAAACUACACUGUGACUUCCUUUUCUGUCUGCUGAUUGUAUUUCCCAUUUUUCGAAACCUUGCCAGAAAGUAAGUCUUUUCCCCAUGAGACUGUGAGUCUGUUGUGGCUUGGUUGGUAGGGGGAAGCAAGUGGAAGAUUAGUCUGACUGAAACCUCAGCAUGGAAUAUGAGGGCAUAACUAGGUUUCAGUAAACAAUUAAGGGUCAAGCCUGAAGACAAAGAAAAGCCCUAGAAGGAUGCUGGAAAGAAAAGCAGGCAGCUCUGUCCUGCAGCUACUCUUCUUGUACAAAAGUCACCCUCUUUGCACCCAACACAGCAGGGGAAGAGAAGCCAGCACAGUGUAUGUGAGAAAUGAGGAGACUCCUUGGUAAAGAGACCCAGCUACUUGUGCCCAGGUGUGAUUCUCCACAAUCUGUAUUCAGAUGUCCACUAUAUUCCCGCCUUGCUUUUCUUUUCUAUUGUCUGAUGUGUGUUCUUCCUUGCGUUGUCCAAUCUUCCCUCCAGCCCUGCCCUAAGUACCCUCCAUGCUAACUCCCUGAGUGUCCUCCUUCUGAUCUACCUUGAGGAAACUGCAGCUGGCCAAAGUAACCAAGCAAAGCUUUCUCCUUCUUCCUUCCUUCUAGUUGUUUUGGAGACCUUAUUGUGGGUUUUUAAUACUCAAAGGGGGCUUACAAGAAAGAUGGAGAGAGACUCUUUACCAGCACCUGUGAUGACAGGGCAAAGGGAAAAAAAAAAAAAAAGAAGCUAGAUCUAGAUUAGAUAUAAAUUAUUUACAAUAAGGGUGGUGAGACAUUGGAACAGGUUGCCCAGAGGAGUUGUGGAUGCCCUCCCCCCCCAAGAAGUGUUCAAGGCCAGGUUGGAUGGAGCUUUGAGCAACUUGAUCUUAUGGGAGGUGUCCCUGCCAUGGCAGUGGGGUUGGACUAGAUGAUCUUUGAAGAUCCUUUCCUAUGCAAACCAUUCUCUGGUUCUUCAGUUCUAUCUGCUUCUCACCCUUUUUCUUCAGGACAUCCUGAUUCAGGCAUUUCUUCUCACAAGCCUUCCUGAUUCAGCAUGUAUCUCAGUAGCCAUUUCCCUUUAUUGUCUCCUUUCAACAUCUGCCUCAGCUUGAAAUCAGACUAAGCAGUAAUCUGACAUUUUCCCCAAGGUAGUAUCAGAAUCCUUUACCAGAAAGCAGAAAAGAGAGACAAAUGAUAGUGUUGGGGCAAAAAGUAGAAACCAGCCCUUUAGUCUCAGAAAUGGAGCCUCUGACUCCCUGAAGCAAGCACUGCUCUGAGCUUCCACACGCUGUAAAUCAGGUUGUGAUAGAGAGGUGUCUGUGUGUGUUCUUCCCAAUAACCUCUCAAACCAUCAACACAAUUUUUUUUUAUUCCACUUUGCUUGUUGUUUUCCCUGAACUUGGCCUCAUCUUUCUCUGUUUCCCCUUGGAUAUGUAACAUUUUUUGUUAUUUCUAUUCCUCUGCCUAAGGCUGCAACUCCCCAGUCUCACUUCUGCAGGAAUAGUUCCUUUUUUGAGAUGUGUCUUCAUGCUAGCUGCCAACUGGGACUGACUUCCCAAGAUGAGACAUAGCAUGCAAUAUUUGAUGUAGCAAAGGCAACUCAACCACACAAGACAAGCGAGAGCAGAAUGUAUUUUGUAUUGGGCUGUGCUGCAGGUUAAACUGGGCUAAGAUCCAUGAUAGCUGAAAACCUAAGUGCAAUGGCAGGAUUGCUAACAGACGGACAUGAAGAUAAGGGAAGGAGACAGAGUAAAACCAGAAGGCUGACAAAGGAAAAAAAACAACUUAAGUAAUUUUUAAAAGGAAACCUAUCCACUGAGAAUCCAAUAUGGGGAAGGAGUGCAACUUCCUUUUCAGUUAUUAGGUUCUCAUUUUUCUUUUCUCUCGCAGAAGUUUCCAUAGUGCCAGGACUGACUGCUUGAGCUAAGAAACUGUUCAGAGCAUUUCUGAGCUUCCAGGAAUUCUCUGGUUAUUGCCAAUGCUUCCAGUGUUCAGCACAGCCUUCUUUUACAGACAGAGGUUGAUUAAGCAGAUGAUAAAGGCUCAGUAACUUACUGGUGUCUCCCUCUGGAACCGGGAAUCAAAAGGCUCACCUUUUACAUAGCAAAACUAAGGACAGGGAUCAUUAUCACACUGUGAUUAAAUGGCAUCAGAAAUCACCUAUGCUGAGGUGAAGUUCAAGAAUGCAUCACCAGCUGCAGUGGCUGAAGCACCUCCUGAGACGAAGAAGCAUGAGCACCAUCCCCAGAAAUACCCACUCUGUCUCCCAUGGCUGAUUUCACUGAUGCUCCUCUUGGUGUGCAUUGCCCUCAUUAUUGCUCUCCUUGUUGCUCCCUUCUCCCGUGGCAGUGACCAACCCACAGCCCUGCAGCAGAAAUUCAAGGAGUGGCAGUGCAACUCAGCAGGGCUGCAAGGCAAAGAGAGAGGCUGGAUGUGCUGCCCGAGUGGCUGGAAACUUUUCCAAAAAAGCUGCUAUUAUCUGUCGGAUGAUAAAAUGUCCUGGGCUGAGAGUGAGCAGAACUGCACUGGGAUGGGCUCCCAUCUGGUGGUGAUCAGCAGCAAAGCAGAGCAGGAGUUCCUCUUUGAGGAACUACAGCGUGCUUCAAGAGGAGAGAAUUACUACAUCGGUCUGAGCGCGCAGAAGGUGGGCCAGUGGCACUGGGUGGACAAGACUCCAUUUAAUGAGACAGCAGCGUUCUGGCGGACACGUGAACCAAGUAAUGUGGAUGACGAGAAGUGCGUUGUAAUCCAUACGAGGACACAUCAACCCAACAACUGGAAUGAUGUCAAAUGCGGAAAUCAGUAUCGAGUUUGCGAAGCUGCAGCAGUAACUGUGUGAUGGAGACACCCCCAUUCUGAGUAAAACUCAGAGAUGACCAGUGAGCUGGGAAAAGCACAGGGCCAUGUUGGGAGGGAUGGGAGUGGCACAUCUUCACUGUGCUGGUUGGGACAAUGUGAGUGGAAUGAUAUUAUUACCCUGUGCCCAGCAUCCCCAGUGCACAUACCAGCUCUGCUAAUGCAUGAAGCCUCAGGGUCAUCAAAACAGGUCCUAGGCUCUUGUGUCCUUCUUUCUUUUAGUGGGUCCAGCAGCUACUGGCUGAAAAGAAGCUGAGUUAUCCAGGAAGAAGACACAGGAAUGGAAGACAGAUGUUCAGAGCUUCAAUCUCCUUUGUCUUCUUGAGCAGAGUGUCUACUUUUUUGUUGAAACACACAGAGAAUGUCCUCUCCUUGUACUGGUUUUGCUGGACAAAUAUUGAAUUCUUAUGUAAGAGAAAAUAAAAUAUUAAACCAAUGAAAAAGUC